GCCAUUAAUUAGUUUUGUAUAUAAUGGUCAGACCACGAAGUUACUUCUCGUGUUACGAGCUAUUACAAUAACUCUUCGUAACCCUUCGUAACAUUAAAUCUGGAUGGCACCGCUAGGAGAAGCUUUUAUCCAUUUUAUAAUGCAUAUAUACAUACUCACACUGAACGAACUCCAGCUAAAGGUACUCUAACUACAAACUUUGAUAAGACCAUAAAAGUGAAGCUCUGAUUGAACCAUGGAAUUGUUAAAGAUAAAGGUUGAACCAUUUUCUGAAGAUACUUUGUUGGAUAUCAAAUUGGUGAAAAGUGAAGAAACAAUUACAUUACCUGUUAAUAAAUACACAUUAUUUAUACCUCCAGAAACUGAAGCUGAUUUCUUAGAAGAAAGAUCUUCACAUGCCAGUUUAAAGUUUGGUGUAUCAAAAAAGGAACAAGAAGAGAAAUGUGAUGGAGCUACAGAGAAAGCAGAGAACAUACUUAUCAAAGUAAAAACAGAGCAGCCUAGUGAUCUACCACAAGAUGAGGUUAUUUCAAAGUUCAGUUACAGCAGUGAUGAUGGUUUGGAUAGUUCAAAGUAUAGUGUGAUGAAUGUGAAAACAAAAACUGAUUUCAAAGAACAUUUACAACAAAUUGAAUCUAAGUUGGAAAGUACUUCUGAUAUAAACACCUGCUGUAGAAGUCAGUUUUCUGGUUAUCAUGUCUUAAGAAAAGAAGAUUGCUUAAGAGAAGUUACAAAAUUCAACAGUGAUGUUUGUGGAGAAACAAAUAUAAAUGAAAAUAACCUAAAGGAAUUUAAUAUACUCCAGGAUACUGGUAAACCAUACAAUCAGGUAAUCUGUGGACAAGACUUUGGAACAAUGGAUAAUAUAAUACAACAAAAGAAGAUACACACUGGAGAGAAAUCAUAUACAUAUGUGGUUUGUGGAGAAAACUUCAGAAGAAAUAGUUCCAUCAAAGAUCAUCAAAGAACACACACUGGGGAGAUACUUUACAUUUGUACAGUUUGUGGAAAACAAUUUGGAACAAAUAAAAACUUGAAAAUACAUCAGAGAAUUCAUGCUGCUAAGAAACCUUACAGUUGUUCAGUUUGUGAAAAACAGUUUGGAACAAAUAAUGAAUUAAAACUACAUAAGAGUAUACACCCUAUGCAAAAACCUUAUAGUUGUGCAGUUUGUGGAAAACAAUUUAAAUAUAACAGUAACUUAAAAAUACAUCAAAGAAUACAUACUGGGGAGAGACCUUACAGUUGUGAAAUUUGUAAAAAAUGUUUUGGUACAAAAAGUGAAUUAAGAAUACAUCAAAGAAUACACACUGGAGAGAAACCUUACAGUUGUUUAGUGUGUAGGAAACACUUUCGAACAAAUAAUGUGUUAAAAGUACAUCAGAGAAUACACACUGGAGAGAAACCUUACAGUUGUGCAAUUUGUGGAAAACAAUUUGUAUCAAAUAGUGAAUUAAACAAACAUCAAAGGAAACACACUGGAGAGAAACCUUAUAGUUGUAUGGAGUGUGGGAAACACUUUAAAACAAAUAGUGACUUAAAGAAACAUCAAAGAAUACACACUAGAGAGAAACUUUACAAUUGUUUAGUGUGUAAGAAACACUUUCAAACAAAAGGUAUGUUAAAAGUACAUCAGGGAAUACACACUGGGGAGAAACCUCAUAGUUGUACAGAUUGUGGAAAAUGCUUUGGUACAAGUAGUAUCUUAAAAAUACAUCAAAGAAUACAUACUGGGGAGAAACCUUAUAGUUGUAUGGUGUGUGGGAAACACUUUCAAACAAAUGGUGUGUUAAAAGUACAUCAAAGAAUACACACUGGGGAGAAACCUUAUAGUUGUGCAGUAUGUGGAAAACAGUUUCGAACAAAUAGUGAUUUAAAAAAACAUCAAAGAAUACAUACUGGUGAGAAACCUUACAGUUGUGUGACCAUGGAAUUGUUAAAGAUAAAGGUUGAACCAUUUUCUGAAGAUACUUUGUUGGAUAUCAAAUUGAUGGAAAGUGAAGAAACAAUUACAUUACUUGUUAAAACAGAAGCUGACUCCUUAGAAGAAAGAUCUUCACAUGCCAGUUUGAAGUUUGGUGUAUCAAAAAAGGAACAAGAAGAGAAAUGUGAUGGAGCUACAGAGAAAGCUGAGAACAUACUUGUCAAAGUAAAAACAGAGCAGCCUAGUGAUCUACCACAAGAUGAGGUUAUUUCAAAGUUCAGUUACAGCAGUGAUGAUGGUUUGGAUAGUUCAAAGUAUAGUGUUAUGAAUGUGAAAACAAAAACUGAUUUCAAAGAACAUUUACAACAAAUUGAAUCUAAGUUGGAAAGUACUUCUGAUAUAAACACCUGUGUGAACACCUGCUGUGAAAGUCAGUUUCCUGGUUAUCACUUUUUAAGAAAAGAAGAUUCCUCUAGAGAAGUCACAAAACUCAACAGUGAUGUUUGUGGAGAAACAAUUUUGAAUGAAAACAACCUAAAAGAAUUUGUUAUAUAUCAAGAUAGUGGUAAACCAUACAAUCAGGUAAUCUGUGGACAAGACUUUGGAACAAUGGAUAAUAUAAUACAACAAAAGAGGAUACACACUGGAGAGAAAUCAUAUACAUAUGUGGUUUGUGGAAGAAACUUCAGAAGAAAUAGUUCCAUCAAAGAUCAUCAAAGAACACACACUGGGGAGAUACUUUACAAUUGUACAGUUUGUGGAAAACAAUUUGGAACAAAUAAAAACUUGAAAAUACAUCAGAGAAUUCAUGCUGCUAAGAAACCUCACAGCUGUUCAGUUUGUGAAAAACAAUUUGAAACAAAUAAUGAGUUAAAACUGCAUAAGAGUAUACACCCUAUGCAAAAACCUUACAAUUGUGCAGUUUGUGGAAAACAAUUCAGAAAUAAUAGUAGCUUAAAAAUACACCAAAGAAUACAUACUGGGGAGAGACCUUACAGUUGUGAAAUUUGUAGAAAACAAUUUGUAACAAGUAGUAACUUAAAAACACAUCUAAGUAUACAUACUGGGGAGAAACCUUACAACUGUGUAGUUUGUCGAAAAUGUUUUGGAACAAAUAGUGAAUUAAGUACACACAAAAGAAUACAUACUGGGGAAAAACCUUACACUUGUGAAGUUUGUGGAAAACAAUUUGGAACAAAUAGUAACUUAAAAACACACCUAAGUAUACAUACUGGGGAAAAACCUUACAAUUGUGAAGUUUGUUGCAAAUACUUCAGAACAAAUAAUGAAUUAAAAAUACAUCAAAUAAUACAUACUGGGGAGAAACCUCACAGUUGUGCAGUUUGUGGAAUUCAAUUUGCAACAAAUAGUGUACUAAAAAGACAUCAAAGAAUACAUACUGGAGAGAAACCUUACAGUUGUAUGGUGUGUGGGAAACAUUUUUGGGCAAACAGAGAAUUAAAAAUACAUCAAAUAAUACAUACUGGGGAGAAACCUUACUGUUGUGCAGUUUGUGGAAAACACUUUGGAACAAAUAGUGAUUAUAAAAAGCAUCAAAGAAUACAUACUGGAGAGAAACCUUAUGGCUGUGUAGUGUGUGGGAAAUACUUUGGAACAAAUAGUAUAUUAAAAAUGCAUCUAAGAACUCACACUGGGGAAAAACCUUACAGUUGUACAGUUUGUGAAAAACAUUUUGGAACAAAAGGUGAACUAAAAAAGCAUCUAGGAAUACACACUGGAGAGAAACCUUACAGUUGUGUAGUAUGUGGAAAACACUUUCGAACAAAUGGUGUGUUAAAAGUACAUCAGAGAAUACACACUGGGGAGAAACCUUACAGUUGUACAGUUUGUGAAAAACUAUUUGGAACAAAAGGUGAAUUAAAGAAACAUCUAGGAAUCCACACAGGAGAGAAACCAUACAGUUGUAUGGUGUGUGGUAAACAAUUUGGAACAAAUAGUAACUUAAAAAUGCAUCUGAGGACUCAUACUGUGACAAAACCUUACAGUUGUGCAGUUUGUGAAAAACAGUUUAUAAAUAACAGUAACUUAAAAGUACAUCAAAGAAUACACACUGGGGAGAAACCUUACAGUUGUGCAGUUUGUGGGAAACAAUUUCGAACAAAUGGUGAUUUAAAAAUACAUCAAAGAAUACAUACUGGGGAAAAACCUUACAUUUGUGCAGUUUGUGGAAAAUGCUUUGGAACAAAUAGUGAAUUAAGAAUACAUCAACGAAUACAUACUGGGGAGAAACCUUACCCUUGUGCAGUUUGUGGAAAACAAUUUGUAACAAGUAGUAACUUAAAAACACAUCAAAGAAUACACACUGGGGAAAAACCUUACAAUUGUGCAAUUUGUUGGAAACACUUUAGAACAAACAGUGAAUUAAAAAUACAUCAAAUAAUACAUACUGGGGAAAAACCUUACAGUUGUGCAGUUUGUGAAAAACAUUUUGGAACAAAAGGUGAUUUAAAAAAACAUCUAGGAAUACACACCGGAGAGAAACCUUACAGUUGUGUAGUGUGUGGUAAACACUUUCGAACAAAUGGUGUGUUAAAAGUACAUCAGAGAAUACACACUGGGGAGAAACCUUAUAGUUGUGCAGUGUGUGAAAAACAAUUUGGAACUAAUAAUGAUUUAAAAAAGCAUCAAAGGAUACAUACUGGAGAGAAACCGUACAGUUGUAUGGUGUGUGGGAAACACUUUGGAACAAAUAGUAACUUAAAAAUGCAUCUGAGAACUCACAAAGCUGUGCAGUUUGGGAAAAACACUUUGGAACAAAAGGUGAAUUAAAAACUCAUUUAGGAAUGCAUGUGGAGAGAAGCCUUGUAGUUGUGCAGUUUGUGAAAAGUUAUUUUUAAAGUCUAACUUAAAAACACAUUAAAGAAUACCAACUGGAGGAAACUUUACAGUUGUAUAGUGUCUGGCAAAAAUUUAAGAAGAAAUUUUAUCCUUAGAAAACAUAAAAUACUACACAGUUGGAAUAAAUCAUAUUGUUGUGUUGUGUGUAUGGUAGAAAUUUGUAAUUGUAUUUUUGAAAUAGAUGAGAAAGAAUACUAAAGUCCCAUCUGUAAAAUAUAUCUGGUAAGUCGUUAGUAAAACAUGUUUGAGUAAAAUUCGGUAUAAAUUGUUAUUUAGCCUUACUGAUAUUAAAAUUUAUACAUACCAUCAAACGACAUUUUUGAUUUUUUCCCAAAUACUGACAGUAAAGCAAAAUGUCUGAUCAACUGAAGAAAGAAAGAUGAUCUGAUUAAUUAAAAUUGUAAGACAAAGCAUUCAGGAUUCACUUCUCAUUUUGGUUACAUUGGGCUGAAUACUUGGAUCUCGAUCCAGCUACUUCUGUAUGUUGUUAUGCUAAGCUGACUACUUUACUUGUAUCUUGUUCCAGCUACUUCUGAAUAUGGUUACAGUAGGCUGAAUACUUGGAUCCUGAUCCAGCUACUUCUGUAUGUGGUUAUGCUAAGCUGACUACUUUACUUGUAUCUUGUUCCAGCUACUUCUGAAUAUGGUUACAGUAGGCUGACUAUUUGGAUCUUGAUCCAUCUACAUCUGAAUGUGGCAACACAGGACUGACUACUCUACUUGUAUCUUGAUCCAUUUACUUCUGAAUAUGGUAACACAGGACUGGCUACUUAUAUCUUGAUCCAGCUACUUCUAGAUGUAGUUACACUAGGUUAAAUUAAGGAACACACAAACACCAGCAAGUACUGUAAUAGAGUUAAUGUUCAUUGAACAAUGCCACAUCAGUAUACCUGUGUUCAAGAAGAUGUUAUUAAGAUGGCAUUCAGGUUAAUGGAGAUACAAAAUAAUAAAUAUGUAAUUAACUGAAUGCCCAAAAUUGUACAAUAAAUAGCUGUAAUAUUGUUUCUGCAGUUAAAAUAUUACAAUGUUUAAUGUAAUACAAAUAAAAUAUGUUAAACACACUAUGAAGUGUGUGUCUACUACAACUAAUUCCAUCCUAACUAACUUUUGUCACUUAACAAUACAAAUGGAGAAGGCAGUAGGAACAAAUAAAUAAAGUUAAGUCCUAAUAAUGGCUGGAGACAGCUUGAAUGGGUAAUGAAGAAAACGUUAGUAUAAGUUAAGUCCUCUCUAAAAGAUGAAAAGUGAAAACAGUAAGCCUCAAGAACAUUCUAUAUUAAUGAUGCCACUUAGAAAGGAAAGUUACGACAUUUGUAAGUAUUAUAAAUAUAGUAAUUAGCAUAAGUUACUGUAACUCGUCUAAUUAAGUAGUGUAAUACCAUAUAUGGAAGUGUUAUAUCACUAGUAUUAGCUAUACAUAAUAAGGCCAUUAAACUAACAGAAGAUAAAACCAAUUGUGGCCAAAAGAAUUAAAAUGUAGAUGUGAAGUUUGAACAGGUAAUGAUAUUUGGUCAAGUUUCUUAACCCAUAAUCAUUAUCAAGAAUAUUGAUGAAUUUUUCAUGACAGUGAAUGAAUUUUGUAUUUUAAAUAUGAUAGAAUAAACACUGUUUGUGACAAAUGCAAUAGAGUUUGUGAUAUUUGUCCAAUAAGUCCUGUAAUUUUGAACAAAUUCUGUUAUAUCUAAUAAGCUGUGAAUAUUAAACAUUGUAACAUAUUUGGAAUGUUUGUAUUUAUAAAUAGAAAGUUUAUAACAUCAAAGUUGAAAGUAUCCACUUUAUUGAAAACUUUGAAAGUAAAUGCUUCAUUAAUGAUGUUGAUGUAUAAGUCGAGGUACUGUGUUUUGUUUUUUAGUGAAAGUUUUUUGUUUUUUCUUCUGGUGUAUAAAUUUGUUUGACUGUGUUAAUAAAAUUUUGAUAUAAGAAUAUCAAAUAUAUAUUUACAAGUGUGACUGAUAUGUAAAGUUUUACUUUAGUCUCUCUUACUGAGAUUUGUUAUGUAGGAAAAUUCCAGUUCAAAUAAAUGUAAAUCAACAAGGUGUGGGUUCAGUUUAGCCUCCCAUUCAAAUUCCUUCUAAUUGUUGGAACUCAUGUUGGCCAAAUUACAUAAAUUUGUUUUCAUAUAAAAACACAUAGCCUGAAAGAAUUCUUUAACAUGAAACAGUGAUAAUUUGUAACAUUUUCAUGGAAACUUCUGUGUUUAUUGAUGCAGAGCAUUAACUUUCCAAAAUAUUUAAAUACAUUGUUGAUGAAAAAAUUUGUUCAAUAGGAAGAUUAAUGUAAAUAUUAUACAAGUCAAAUGUUUCUACUGUUUUAGCU